UGUCUCCUGGUUUAUUUUCCCUAACUUAUAUUAUAUAUAAUAUACUUAUAGGGUGGCCAAAAUCUCUACUUCCUUCAAUAGAAAAAGAAAAAAAAGGCAACUUUAUGGACAAAAUGUGGUUGAAGUACUCUAAUUCUAAUGACAAAAAUGAAGAGUUAAUUCUUCUUAAAGAAGAGGAAGAAGAAAGAUUAUUAUCACAAUGUGAUUUGCCUAACAAUAAUGAAGAGAACCAAACAACUCUUGCAAGUGUAACAACACAAGAUCAAGAAUUUGAUUUUUGCUCACGUGUUGGUGACUCCUUUUUAAAAAAUUCAACAAUGUGUACAGCAGAUGAAGUUUUCUUCCAAGGCCAAAUUUUACCUCUAAGUGACAUCGAUGUUAGGGGCGGACUUACAGUAUCCAACGAAGCGAGUUUAACUGAAUACCCUUCACAAGAUAUAAGGACAGGGUCCAUGAAACAUGGUGACCAUUCAAUUGGGAUAACAAAUUCAAGUAUUAAUUCUUCCAUUACAAAGUCUCUAUGUUCCAGCUCGAACGAGCCUCAGAUUCGAAAUCCAUUUCAUUCUCAACCAAGUCCGACACCUCAAAUUCGAUUUUCAAAGAUUACAAACAUCAAUAGUUGGAAUCGAAAAUCGACCAUGUGGAGCCUUUUUCGUGUUGGCCUAGUGACAAUACCAGAAAUAGCAUUACAAGAUCUUAAAAUUCGACGUAACAAGAAUUCAAACAAUAGCAAAAAUAACAACAUUGACAAUAGAAUGAGAUCUCUUCAAAGGAAAAAGGCAUUUCUGGGAAGCUGCAAAUGUUCAGUUGAAAUAGUACCGUCAAAAGUUGUUACCAUAAACAAAGGAAACACCAAUUGUAAAAGAGCAGGACAGUCAGAUGCACAAAACAUUUUGUGUUUAUAGGUCGUAGAAAAGGGCCGCACCCCAAGGAUAGCACCAUUGUAGAGUCCGGAGCCUAAGGGUACAAAAUAUUAACAAAAAUUCCAAAAUGGUGUAUAAAAUUUUAUAUUAA